AUGCAGCACCCGCCGGCGUCUGGGCCCCGGGACCCUGAGACUCGCUUUGGCCAGUGGGGUGUUAGCAAGCAUGAUGUUCGCAGAGACUGGUGCGGCUGGGCUGUGCCCUUGAGCUUCUACGGUCACCAUGAAAUGAACAAGCUCUGGGCAGCCCACUGGCCCCAGGAGAUUGAGAGCCACCUGGUCAGAGGGGAAUGGAGCCUGCAGCCUGGGGCCAAGGCCACGCCAGCCAACCGGAGCUCAGCAGGACUGCCCCGGCCAGAGAGCCAUUGA